GAGCCCAUCGUGACAGGGAAAAGGCGGUGGGUGCCCCACCCCCACCACCCACGGUGGCGCGCGUCAAGCGGCCAACUCCGCUCCACACAUCUCCCCGAAAAAUUGAACAAUCGCCACGAUAUCCGUCUACUGUGCUUUUCGUGCAAACUUUCUCCUCACGCGUCUCGUUUGUUAGUAGGCAGACAACUUGAUCGUCGGGAAAAUGUCCGCGCCGCACCUGCACUCCCCGCCGCCCAACCACAGGCACCUCUCGGCGGCCACAAGCGGCCGGACGGACCCCUCGGAGGUGGCGGCGGAGGGGCGCAUCCGCCUGCUGCUCUUCGCCUUGUGCGUAACCAUCGCCGCCGCCACCUUCUUCGGCGGCGUGUACUCGCUCCUGUCGCUGCUGCGAAUGAGGAGGAAGACGUCCCUGAGUCUCAUCGUGGCGUCCAUGUCCGUGGACGACCUGCUCAGCGUGGUGCCGCUCUCCCUCUUCAUCCUCCUGCAGUGGGAGCGGGACGCAGGCUCGGCCAGCUUGUGCACCCUCGGCGGCCUCCUCUACGUCUUCCAGGGAGUUUCGAGCAACAUGAAGGCCUGCCUGAUCGCUGGCUACACUUUUUACGUGACCAAGAGGUUCGGCGUGUUGCGCUCGGUCCGGCGGCCCCUCCCCGUGUUGUGGGCCAUCGCCGGCGUGUGGGCGCUCAGCAUGGCCGUCAGCGUGCUGCCUUUGUGCGGCUGGGGCAGCUUCGCGCGAGCUCCCCUGGGCUGCUUCCCGGAGAGUGACAGCUUCUACACGUUGCUGCUCUUCCUUUUGUAUUCGCUGUGCUUCUGCGGCUUGCUCUUCUUCUUCCUGCCGCUCACCUACCGGCUGCUGUGCUCCGGGGAGCCGCAGAGGAGCGUGCAGUGCGCGGGAUGCCCGGGCGACGUCCGCUCGCCCUCCCGGGACAGCUCGGACAGAAGUUUCGGCGCCUACAACGAGCUGAGCCCGAGUUCGUGCGGGACGACGCGCGAGCUGAAGGAGGGGAAGGAGGCGGGCGCGGGGUUCCCGGGGUCCGACCGCGGCCAUAGGUCGGCCAUUGUGGUGGACACUCCCGUGGUGUUUGCGCAGAAGCGCUUCUCCAUGAUCCUGGCGGUUGUCAGGGUUACCUUGUGGAUGCCAAUGAUGACUCUGAUGAUGGUGCGACAUGCCGCAAAUGCACACAACUCGUCCCUGGAGACGCUCGGCUUCUUCCUCACGUUGCUCGCGCCUGCGGUCACGCCGCUCUUCGUGCUGUCCAAGCGCUGGAUCCACAUGCCGUGCGGCUGCUUCAUUAACUGCAACCGUGAGCCUACACCAGACUCCUCAGCAAUGAAAAGAAGAUUUGAGUUCAACCUUUCCCUCCAUAAAGGUUGUGGAGUGUUCAAGCUUUCCCAUGGCCCCGUGUCUCACGGCAACACGUCUGCCGAGAAGCGAGCCUACCAUGGCCUCUUCAACAGCGACUUUCCGAACAACCGUCUGGAUGCGCUUGAGAGUGGUGGGCUCUGUGGCUUGUUAGAAGAUGUUGGCAGUGGCGGAAAGGCGCUGGCUGACUGUCCUCCUCUGCCCCGCGAGAACCAUGGAGGUGAGGAGGGCUUCCACGACGUUCCCUCCACGCCUCUUAAUCACCGGCAGAAGGAACAACAUCUCACAGACACCUCGUCUGUGUUCGAGGGCUCAGAGAGAAGGCUAUCACAUGAAGAGUGCCGGAAAAUUGAGCUGACAGAUUGGGAGUGGUGCAGGAGCAAAUCAGAGAGAACACCCAGACAGAGGUCAUCGGCUGGUCUGUCCAUUCCGCUUUGCGCCUUCCAGGGAACCGUGUCUCUGCAAGCCCCCACUGGGAAGACCCUCUCUCUGUCCACCUACGAGGUCAGCAGCGAUGGACUGAAAAUCUCCCCCAACAAUACCAAAAGGGUGGAGGUGUACCGCUCCAAAUCGGUGGGCCAUGAGCCCAGUUCAGAUGACAAAGCAUCAGGAGGCCAGACAGGCGAUAUGAACAUCAAUGGUGUCAGUAUGGGACUGGACAUUGGAAUGGACAUUGGAGCCGGUGACACGAAUGUCAAAAUCCACCUGGAGGUCCUGGAGAUAUGCGACAAUGAGGAGGCCAUGGACAGUGUCUCCAUCGUGUCUAAUAUCAGCCAGUCGUCGACCCACGCCCGCUCGCCGUCACUGCGUUACUCGCGCAGAGAAAACCGCUUCGUUUCCUGCGACUUGGGCGAGACGGCCUCCUACUCCCUGCUAAUCCCCACCACUGGCAACCCCGAGACAGAGGCCAUCAACAUCACGAUACCUGACACGGUGGAGGCCCAUCGGCGGAACAGUCGGCGACAGACGCAGGGGAGCUCGGGAUAUCAAGAAGAAAUACAGUUGCUCAAUGAGGCCUACAGAAAACAAGCAGGAGAGGUGGAAGACUGAAUUUCUCCAAUAACCCAAGAUUAGAAACGACCUCUGCCAAGUCCACACUGCCAUCAAAAGUAACUUGUUUUUGUUUGUUUGUCUAUUCUUUUGUUAAUUAGUUGCAACUUCCUGUUCCGCAGAAAAUAACACAACACAUAAUAAAUGAAUGGCCACCGGUAGUGUAGUAGUUCACACAGCUGACUUUCACGUUCACGUUCAAUAUCCAGUCAUUGGCCCAUUCACAAUUACCCUGUUAUUAGAGAGAGAUCACACAAAAUUGGGGCGUCAAAAUAUGUCAUUUAUUCGUCUGUGCCUUUUAAACAGACCAGUGAAGCAGCAUGAUGGGUGCGAUCAGCUGGGAAAAAUGCCAGCUAAUAAUUGACUGACGAGUAGUCAAGAGUGUAGUUAGCUGGGAUGGAUUCCAGCUCCCCUACUGACCUGACCAGGAUAGACAGUCCUCGCUUUAUGAUGCCAUUCCGUUGCUGUGGCAGCGUUGUAGCCUGAUUUGUACAUAAAUCACUAAUUUACGCUAAUGCAGUAGUAAAGUCAUAAUUACAGCAAAUAUUUGUAUGAAAAACACUGUAUAUUGUAAAUUCGUAUGUCAGGACCAUCGUAAACUGUGGGACCCUCUGUACAAAUUAAGGGCUAUUGGUAGCAAGUCGCUUGUGUAUCCCCUCACUUAUACUCUCGUCCUGUAGACCUUUUAUAAUUCACAUAAUUAAUGCCACCCCACUUCAGUUGUACAGUCGGGUUCACGACCCUUGUCCUGCAUGCUUCGUCUCCUGUCCUUGUCCUGUUCUAUCUUGUCUUGUCCUUCCCUCACAGGGUGUAGCACUACAGCCCCAUGCAACACUCAUAUUUAAUGUUUCAUUGUUGUAGAUAAUGUAAUGAUUUACUUCUCCCAUCCUGUUUACAAUUAGUGUUUUGUCUUUUGUCUUUGUUUCUUUCUCCCUUCUAGAAACUUUGUUCUGUUCGACUGAUCAAGUCUGAUUCUCAAUAAACCUCAAUUAUAAUACCACAACGGAAGCUUAAAAACUCCACUGUGACACAGUAAAACUGUUCCGGCAUGAAAGGGAUACAGAUUUUCCAUUCUGCUUGACCUAACUGCCGAACAGGACAAAAAAAAUAAAAAUAAGCCUUAACACUCAA